AUGUUGGGGGUCCCAAUCGAAAAGGCCACAGCGGCCGACGCGAAAGCCGUAGCAGACAUCUACCAGGACCGCCCCACGAACAACUUUAACCGCCUCUCGCACGGCAAUGUAUCUCCAUCCGUCUUCAACGCAGGUUUGGAGGCUAUGUUUGCCGAGAGCCUGCAGGACCCAAAUGAGCUGCUGCUUGUGUACCGCGACGAGAGCCACCCGGAGCGUAAGGUUGAAACCAUCGCCGCUCGAGCCAAAUAUGAAGCGCGUGUCAUGCCUGGCAUGAAUGGCCCGCUCCUGGUGGAAAUGUGGGAGAAACUCGACCGCAUGGCGGAGAAGAUUAUGGCCGGCCGGGGACCCUACUGGAUGGUUGAUAAUGUCGGCACGCUGCAGAGUCAUCAGAGGAGAGGCAUUGCGUCUGCACUGAUCCGAGCAUCGUUUGAGGAGUGCACGGGCUUGCCGAUAUAUCUGGACACCUCUGGGGACGAAGACGCGAGAGCGUGGCGGCUCUAUGAGCGGCUGGGCUUUCAGAUUGUGGCCGAAUUUGAGAUUGAUCUCGUCAAGCAUGGGGGCGAGGGGGCACAUAAGCAUUUUGGUAUGCUGAGAGAGCCUAGAGUUGCCACGGGACGGCCGUGGUUGUCCUGA